ACUUAUCGCUCCUUCACUCGCUCUCUAUCUCCCUCUCCCCCUCCCGUACAAUAAGGCAACAGCAGCAGCGUCAGGAGGGAGGGGGUGACGUCACGGUCUCUCCGCUCAACAGCAGCUGCAGCUCCGGGGAACGAAACGCGAGGAGGAGCAAUAGAGAGCGGACCCCCAACACUCACCCGUUGUGUCCACGCUCCACCUGCUUCCCCCUUACCAUUCACUGCCUAUUCAUUAUUUACCAUUGCUUUGCCUCAUGCACAGAGAAGCUCCUCAUAAACUACACGUACGACCCCCGAAUAGCCGCUUCCCUCUAUUAUUUGUACCCGACUGCUGCUGCUGCUGCACUAGUCUGACUGCGGGACAUUAACCAUCUGAAUCCCAGUAACCAAGCAGCGCCUCAUACUCACCGGUACUCACUGGUCCCGUCAGCUGCGACAAUCCGCCUUCCCUCCUCCUCCCGACCCCGGGCCGCCAGCGCCUCUGUGACUCUCACCUGCGCCAAUCAUGUGCAUCCGGACUGGCCACCAGUAGUAUGGGCUGCGUCGGGAGCAGGAGCAGCGGGACCGUGGAAGCUCUACGUGUGGAAUGGAGUGAGGGAAGGUGUACUGCUGCACUUUUCCAUGAGAAAGGGUCAUCCUUUGUUCGAAGGUUUAAUCUGCGGGUCCCCACGGACAGCCAGGAGUUCCUGGAGUUACAUGUUGAAGAUACAGGUGAGAUGUUACCCAAGUCUCGAAGAGCACUCACCAUCCAUGAGAUUACAGCCCUGGCACGGUCCUCUCUGCACGGAAUCUCGCAGGUGGUGAAGGAUCAUGUAACCAAGCCCACUGCUAUGGCUCAGGGACGUGUUGCACACUUGAUUGAGUGGAAGGGUUGGAGCAAACCCAUUGACUCUCCAGCUGCUCUGGAGACUCAUUUCAACUCCUACUCACAUCUAAGCGAGGGAGAACAGGAAGCAAGAUUUGCUGCAGGUGUAGCUGAGCAGUUUGCAAUAGCAGAGGCGAAGCUCCGUGCCUGGUCAUCAAUUGACGGUGACGAUUCAACAGAUGAUUCCUAUGAUGAAGACCUCCCUCCUCCCUGUGACCAUUCCCAGCCAUCAGAUUUCCUGACCCCUGUGCAGAAGGAUCUGGUGCCCUCGCGUGUCUGCUGUUGUGACAGUGACUCCUCACGCACUCUGUCCCCUGAGACUUUGUGUUCCAGUCUGUGCAGCCUGGAUGAGGAGCAGCUUCUCUUGGGAUCUCCUUCUCAGUUAGUUGAGGAGCCUUUGCUGACCAAGCCUCAGUCAGUUAUAGGCCCUUACAGUCGUCUCCAAGAUAUGGAGUGUGAAGACUCUUCAUAUUCUAUGUCAUUCUCUGAGACCUGUUUAAGUCCCAGUGAGGAUGAGCUGAUUUCCUUCCCAGCAAUGAGCCAUGGAUCUGGGGUACUCAGCUUGUGCAGAAAGGGGUCAGAUGUAAUGUCUUCAGGGGUUGUUUCCCUGGAAGAAGAGGAAGUUGACCAACCUUGAUCAGUACCCAAAUUGCCACUGUAACUCUUCCCAAUUUCUCUUCCUCCUCUUGCCUCUUUAUUCCAUCCAUUUAUAUUUUUCACAUAUGUUCUUAAAUUCCCCAAACAAAUUAUAGGGCAUUAUCUUUAACUUCUUAGCCUUUCUUUAUCAUUCCAGUUUUUAUUAUUUCAAAUAUACCACUUUCAUUACUUUACUUCUGCCUGCUUUGCUCUACCCUAUUUCUUACACUGUUUUUCUACCUUUACCAUGCUCUUCUCAUUUCCCAUCAACCCUACAUUUGAUUGUUUUAAAUUUUGCAAGCAUUUGGUCUGUUUGCAUGAUUUUGCCAACUGGCACAUAACUGCCUAGGUGGUGGGGUGGGUGGGGACUCUCAGUUGUUCUGUGCAUGUCUUGCACCGUACAUGAUUCUUCUCCAAGUUCCUGACUCGUUUGCCAGUGUGCAGGAUCCUGGCUGGGGUCAGUGGCAGCAUGGCUUGUUCUUGUCAUCCCCUGGUUCUAUAUAUGACUCUUUGGUUCCCUCAUCUGCACCACAACAAAUUCCAGCUGUGAAAAAACAGGAGACAGGGUUUAUUGUGGAUUCUGCAGCCUCAGGAUUGCCACUUUAUUGUCACUGUGAAAUUUCAGUGACACUGGGGAGACCCGACUCCCCACAAACUGUGGGGUCGCAUGUGGUAUGUGGAAUCCCUUCUUUUCUAGCGUUUUGUACGUGUCUAUUUGCUGCUCUUGAAAGGUCUUGUGCGGUAACAUCAACCGUUUGUAAUUCAA